GAAGAAGGUGAGUGCCAUGACACACCGCACAGCUGCCUGAAACAACGACAGCAAAGAAUGAAAAUAUUAUUUUGAUUUGGUUAUAUUUCAGCGUUUGUAAAUUCAAAGGAGAUUGUCUUUAGUUGUACACCAUGGAGCCGACAGCGCCCAAAAGCAAGCUGAAGAAACUGAGUGAAGACAGUCUAACAAAACAACCAGAGGAGGUCUUUGAUGUUCUGGAAAAACUUGGUGAAGGGUCCUAUGGCAGUGUGUUUAAAGCCAUCCAUAAGGAGUCAGGCCAGGUGGUGGCUAUCAAACAGGUGCCUGUUGAGUCAGACCUCCAGGAGAUCAUCAAGGAGAUAUCCAUCAUGCAGCAGUGUGACAGUCCCUAUGUGGUGAAGUACUAUGGCAGCUACUUUAAGAACACAGACCUGUGGAUAGUGAUGGAGUACUGUGGAGCCGGGUCUGUUUCAGACAUCAUCAGACUACGCAAUAAGACGCUCACAGAGGAUGAGAUAGCCACCAUCCUCAAGUCCACAUUGAAAGGUCUGGAGUAUCUGCAUUUCAUGAGGAAGAUCCACAGAGACAUCAAGGCAGGCAACAUUCUCCUCAACACAGAGGGCCAUGCCAAACUGGCUGACUUUGGAGUAGCGGGACAACUCACGGACACGAUGGCAAAGCGGAACACAGUGAUCGGGACUCCGUUCUGGAUGGCUCCAGAGGUCAUCCAGGAGAUCGGAUAUAACUGUGUGGCAGACAUCUGGUCCCUGGGCAUCACCUCUAUAGAGAUGGCUGAGGGCAAACCUCCCUACGCUGAUAUACAUCCCAUGAGGGCUAUUUUCAUGAUCCCAACCAACCCUCCACCUACAUUCAGGAAGCCUGAGCUGUGGACAGACGACUUCACACACUUUGUAAAGAAAUGCCUGGUGAAGAACCCAGAACAGAGAGCUACAGCCACGCAACUACUACAGCAUCCGUUCAUCACGGCCGCCAAGCCAGUCACCAUCCUGAGAGACCUGAUCACUGAGUCCAUGGAGAUGAAGGCUAAGAGACAACAGGAGCAGCAGAGAGAGCUGGAGGAGGAGGACGACUCUGAAGAGGAGGUGGAAGUGGACUCCCACACCAUGGUGAAGUCUGGGUCAGAGGGGGCUGGCACCAUGAGAGCUACCAGCACCAUGAGUGACGGAGCUCAGACCAUGAUCGAGCACGGCAGUACCAUGUUAGAGGCAGACCUGGGAACCAUGGUCAUCAACAGUGAUGAGGAGGAGGAGGACAACGAUGAAGGCUCAAUGAGGAGACACCCCACCUCCCAGCAGGCCCUGAGACCCUCCUUCAUGGACUACUUUGACAAGCAGGACUCUAAGGUACAACAGGAGAGCUAUAACCAUAACCGGCAGCAGGAACCAGGCUAUCACAUCAGCCAGGCUAAGGACGUCUUCCCUGACAACUGGAAGGUUCCGCAGGAUGGAGACUUUGACUUUCAGCUGAAGAACCUUGACUUUGAGGAGCUGCAGCUGCGUCUGACGGCUCUGGAUCCCAUGAUGGAGAGAGAGAUCGAGGAGCUGCGCCAGCGCUACACCGCCAAGAGACAACCCAUCCUCGACGCAAUGGACGCCAAGAAACGCAGACAGCAGAACUUCUGAAGAGCCUGACCUGAGGAACACAUUCUGACCUGGGCCCGUGUUCAUACAGCGUCUCACAUUCCAGAGUGCUGAUCUAGGCUAAGGUCCACUUUCCAUGUAAUCUUAUUCCUUAUGAUCUAAAAGGCAGAACUGAUGCUAGAUCAGCACUCUGGCAGCAGAACUGAUGCUAGAUCAGCACUCUGGCAGCAGAACUGAUGCUAGAUCAGCACUCUGGCAGCAGAACUGAUGCUAGAUCAGCACUCUGGCAGCAGAACUGAUGCUAGAUCAGCACUCUGGCAGCAGAACUGCUGAUGACCUUAGAGAAGGCAUGGUGCUUUCUGUUAAGACCUGACCAAGGGAGAGGAGAGACCUGAUAGCUCUCUGGAAUUUAAUUCAACCUGGUCUCCUAAAUGUCCAUUUUCUCAUCACCACCCCAGUAGUCAGGAUGACUCCAGUCCACACUAUUUUCCCAUUGCUCUGGACUAAUGUAAAAAUUCUUAGCCUCCCCAUCUGUUAAUGAUGAACCUGUAGGUAUCCUCACAUCUCUCUGUUAAUUAUGAACCUGUAGGUAUCCUCACAUCUCUCUGUUAAUUAUGAACCUGUAGGUAUCCUCACAUCUCUCUGUUAAUUAUGAACCUGUAGGUAGUCUCACAUCUCUCUGUUAAUGAUGAACCUGUAGGUAGUCUCACAUCUCUCUGUUAAUUAUGAACCUGUAGGUAGUCUCACAUAUCUCUGUUAAUUAUGAACCUGUAGGUAGUCUCACAUCUCUCUGUUAAUUAUGAACCUGUAGGUAGUCUCACAUCUCUCUGUUAAUUAUGAACCUGUAGGUAGUCUCACAUCUCUCUGUUAAUGAUGAACCUGUAGGUAGUCUCACAUCUCUCUGUUAAUGAUGAACCUGUAGGUAGUCUCACAUCUCUCUGUUAAUGAUGAACCUGUAGGUAGUCUCACAUCUCUGUUAAUUAUGAACCUGUAGGUAGUAUCACAUCUCUCUGUUAAUUAUGAACCUGUAGGUAGUCUCACAUCUCUCUGUUAAUUAUGAACCUGUAGGUAGUCUCACAUCUCUCUGUUAAUGAUGAACCUGUAGGUAGCCUCCCCAUCUGUUAAUGAUGAACCUGUAGGUAGCCUCCCCAUCUGUUAAUGAUGAACCUGUAGGUAGUCUCACAUCUCUCUGUUAAUGAUGAACCUGUAGGUAGCCUCACAUCUCUCUGUUAAUUAUGAACCUGUAGGUAGCCUCACAUCUCUCUGUUAAUGAUGAACCUGUAGGUAGUCUCACAUCUCUCUGUUAAUUAUGAACCUGUAGGUAGCCUCACAUCUCUGUUAAUGAUGAACCUGUAGGUAGCCUCACAUCCCAAAGUAUAAUUUUCCUAAAGAUGUUUCUCCCCUUUUCAAAGCGUCCUUUGACUGAUAAAUACUAGCUGGGUUUCUCCUAGCUCUGCUACUGUUAUCAGGCUCUUGGGGAGAUUACCAGCAGUAAUGAAUAAUAAUAUUAAAGUUACUUGUAGACUUUC